GAGAGAGAGAGAGGGAGGCGGGCACAGUAACAGAGCAGUAACACCAGGACUGUUUCCCCGUACAGAUUACAGAUUAAAAGCGAGGAAACGCAGGAUAGGUGCUGCCCCAGCCUCUCCUGAAGAAGACAAUCCGAAAAAGACGGAUUCAGAGAGACGUACGUACAGCAAGAACGAGAGCAAGACAAGCAGAGGAGAGGAGGCUCUGAAACACAGCGGAGGUGAAUUGAAUCCAAACUGAGGAAUUAUUACAACAUUCAGACUGAACUCUGGAUCUUUCUGUUACAUUUUUUUUCUCUCUCUUACCGUCUCUGUCUUUUUAAGGAAGGAGAGCCAUUCAUUGAAACAGACAUUGAUUUUCUUUUUUCUUUUUUCUUUUUUUUUGAGAAUCACGUUAAUGUUUGACCUCAACAUCUGCCUGGAACAUGAAAGACUGGGUAGUUUUUCUUCUUUGUGAAACCUUUUGACCGACAAGUUUGAGAGUAAAGCCCGGGAGCCAAAAGGGAAAUUUUUUUUUUCUUCACUCUGAACUUGCACAAUCUCUUUCAUUUUCUGUUUUGCGUUAUAUCACUCUGUCUUUUUACAUUUUUGUGUCUCAUAAGAGGCAGAGAAAGAGGUGACUGACUUGAGUUUCGUCUGUCAGGAGCCUGAAUAGCAUUUGCAUUCCAGUUUGGCUUUCACAAGGAGACAAAUCCUCCCUUGUGUGUGUGACAGAGUUUGUGUUCGAGUAGCCAAGUGUCCCCCUGUGAUACAUUAACGUGUAUCAGGGGACAAUAACCGACCCUGUUUGUCUCUUCUGGGAAAAAUGGGAUCAGAAAAGGACUCAGAGUCGCCUCACUCCUCAGUGAGUGGCGUCCCCAACCCUAAGUGCCGUGCGGCGGGCAAACGCCAGGGCCGCAUCUCCUUCCACAGCCUCUUCAACAGCAAACGGAGCUCCAGAGGCAACAGGGGCGCCAAAGGAGCGGCGGCCACCCCUUUAUCCCACCUUCACCACACACAACAACAGCUUCUCCCAUCUGCCUUGAGCUCAGCGCCCGCUCAGGCCUCCGCUGUUCCCACCACGACCACCACCACAGCUGCCACAUUGCCCCAGGACGCUGCCUCCGAUACCCCCUCAAAGCCACUCUCCUCCAGCCAGCCAUCCCUGGGUGGAGCCCCUUCCUCCGCUGAGGCCAACCUCUUGGAGUGCCCCCUGUGCCUGGUGCGCCAGCCCGCCGACCAGCUCCCCGAGCUGCUGGGGUGCAGCCACCGUUCUUGCCUCUGCUGCCUGCGCCAGUACCUCCGUAUCGAAAUCACCGAGAGCCGAGUCCAGCUCAGCUGCCCGGAGUGUGCCGAGCGACUGGCCCCGCGGCAGGUGGCGGACAUCUUGGAUGACGCGGCGCUGCUGGACAAGUAUGAGGAGUUCCUGUUGCGGAGGUGUCUCGCCUCUGAUCCAGACUGCCGAUGGUGCCCGGCGCCAGACUGCGGGUUUGCCGUCAUCGCCUCCGGCUGUGCCAGCUGCCCCAGGCUGGUGUGUCGCAGAGAGGGCUGCGGAGCCGAGUUCUGCUACCACUGCAAGCAGGCCUGGCACCCCAACCAGACCUGCGACUCGGCCCGCCAGCAGAGAGCGCAAUCCCUGCACACCCACAGUAACCACUCACCAAGCUACACACAGGAGCAGGGACCUGCUGAUGACAUCAAGCCCUGUCCCCGCUGUGGUGCCUACAUCAUCAAGAUGAACGAUGGGAGCUGCAAUCACAUGACCUGCGCCGUCUGUGGCUGCGAGUUCUGCUGGCUCUGCAUGAAGGAGAUCUCUGACCUGCACUACCUCAGUCCAUCUGGCUGUACCUUCUGGGGAAAGAAGCCGUGGAGCAGGAAGAAGAAGAUUUUGUGGCAGCUGGGCACUCUGAUCGGAGCUCCGGUCGGCAUCACCCUCAUCGCAGGCAUCGCCGUCCCCGCCAUGGUCAUCGGCAUCCCUGUUUACGUCGGCCGCAAGAUCCACGCCCACUAUGAGCUGAAGAAGACAUCUCGACACAGGAGGAACCUGGCCAUCACGGGAGGCGUGGCCUUGUCCAUCAUCACGGCCCCCGUCAUCGCAGCUGUCAGCGUCGGCAUUGGUGUUCCCAUCAUGUUGGCCUACGUGUACGGUGUGGUGCCCAUCUCUCUGUGCCGAGGAGGAGGCUGUGGUGUGAGCAGAGGGAAGGGCCGAGGCGUUCGGAUUGACUUCGAUGAGGACGACGGACCCAUCACAGUGGCGGACGCUUGGCGAGCCCUCAAGUCCCCGAGUCUGGGUGAGAGCAGUCUGGACGGGGCUGUGAGCGGUCUGAGCACCACCUCCCCCAGCGAGGGGCUCUCUGUGGCCCCCGGGGCUCUGGGUGACACGCCUCACUUUAAUACUCUGGCAGGUGGCGCUUUGGGGACCCGAACCAGCAAGUACAGCAGGCUGGAGGUGCAGGCAGGGGAGCUGGCCAAAGAGUCGGCCCAGAGGGAGACGGGCAGCCUGGGUGCAGGGAGCGACUGUGCCAGCACCCGAGGAAUGGCCGGAUCCAUCAUCUCCUCCUACACACUACCUGACAGGGAGUGCACCAACCUGGAGAUCCAGGUGGACAUCGAGACCAAACCCAGCCAUCUCUGCCUGACCAGUGAAGAGGACCUAACCCCGCCCCCGGGCUCUGCUGCUAUGGCGACCGCCUCCGGAGGAGAGGAGCCUCAGGACUGCAGCUCCAGAAGAGGCGGAGCGUUGUCUGGCUCGGUGCUGGGUCUGUCACCGGGCGCGUCGCUCCGAGAGGGGCUGAGAGACGUCACCCUGGCCCAGCCGGAGAGCAUCCGUAGUGACCUGGAGAUGUCGGACACACAGUCAGACGACAUUGCGGAGCUGACGUCAGACGACUGUGACUCGCCUCACCCGAAAAGCUGUCACCCAGCGGCCGGCCAGCAGCUCCCCUCCUGCCGAGCCCUGCACCCCUCCACCGAAGGCCUUCACUGUCCCGCAGACAGCAACGUGAUCCUCUACGUCUGAGAGAACAGCAGCUCUCAGGAUUGCACAAA